GCCCUGGAGCAAGACCUUCCGAAGAUGGAGGCCGCCUUUUCGGAUUUGGCUCCGCUGUCCUUCCGCCGCGGCGGUCGCUGGAAUUUGACCCCGGUCGUCCACGUCGGCCUCAGAUCUGGUCCUGGGCAAGACUGUGAAGUUGAGCUGGACAUUUUCCUCCGCCAGGAGCCCCUUUUGGCGGAGAAGGAUUUCCCUUCAAGCGAGGAGGUCUUUCCACUUUGUGCCGUGGACUUUCAUGGCGUCCAGGCGCCAGCACCCUGCCACCCCGAGUCCCUGCUGGAGCGACUCUACGGCGCGGAUUGGCAAAGAACCGUCCGCGUGUGGAGCCAUGAUUUCAAUCCUUUCCAUAGUCUCGCCCACAACCCUGACCGUGUGACGAUGUCAUUGGAAGCAUACUCUGCGAUGGUCACUGGAGCAGGCUACCGUGCUCCGGUGGCUCUGCAUUUGGAUCCCUGGGAGUCCUUGAAACUCCUGGAAGGCGCCGGGGUGCUCCGGAAACUGCGGAGCCGCCGCGAGGAGACCUGGCUCGAGAAGCUCCAGAG